UAUCGUGCUGGCCAAGUCAGUAGACGUUAAAAGCUUGCCACGCGCGGUUGUCAGUUAUGGCGUAAAUGGAAAAUAACAACAACAACCAUCGCAGCAAGGAAUAAGAAGCAGAAAUCCUGGCACUAACGGCACGCCGACUCUCCGUUUACCUGUGUCUGUGUGUGUGUGUACUCUGUGUUUUUUUCCGGCUGCGCCGUGUAAACAAAAAUAACUUUGCUUGUUGUGUCUGGGUGUGUGUGUGUGUGAGUGUGCUCUGGUGGUGGUUUACAACCCCCAACAACAAAAACAACUACAAAGCUCGAGUGGCAAGGGCAAAUCCAGCAAAAGUUUUUGGGGUUGCAGACAGUUGGCAAACAAGCUGCGAAUUCUUGUUUAAAUACCCAUAAAUAUUCAACAAAAAAAUAAAAAACGAUAAAGGAUAUACGUAUAUCAAAUAUUGAGCAUCCAAUAUGAGCGAUGCAGGCGCAUCCAAUGGCCACGGUGGCUAUCAAAAGUUGCCGCCCGGCUGGGACUGUAAAUAUGAUCAGGCGACGGGCAACUGCUAUUAUAUAAACUAUCUGACCAAGGCCAUGCAGCUGGAGGAUCCGCGUGGAGGACGCAAUUACAAGCAGUUGCAAAACGAACGCUGCUCGACAGAGUCCAUUGCGCUGCAGCCCAUGACACAGAGCUCGCACCACAGCUCCCCCUUCCACGUCGUGUAUCCCAGCAACAAUUUAACGGCCGUGCGCGCUUUCCAGGAGCGUGAGCAACGUCAGCAGCCCGCAUUGCACAAUUUAUCAACGAGCCCGCUGCUCUCCGCAUCCUCUCGAGGACAACUGGAAAUGUCCUCGCCAUUGCCAUUCCAGCGUGCUCGCUUGGCCUCCAACAUGUCGCGUCGUUCCACCAUCCAGGAGACCUCGUUUAGCCAUCAUAGCGAUACAAAUGUUGUGGUAACCAAGAUACAAAACAUGUUUCCGACUGCCGAUGAGAAUCACAUCCGAUUGCUGUUGAAGCGCUACUAUAAUCGCGAGGCUGUCGUCAUCAGCGCCUUGCAGGUGGAGAAGCAUCCGGUGACGAUGCCGGGUCCAUUUGUUACCCCGCCCGCUCAGCGUCAUUUGUUCCACAGCAAUUCUGCUUUCUAUAUGACACCACCGGCGCGUCGCCUGGACAUGGGCGCCAGCCGGGUCACAGUCGCAUCCCGCACGGCGAGUCCCCUGCCCGGCGGCCGUAUCGGUAGUCUCAUGAGCAUGCAAAGUAGCCCUCAUCCUGGACAAGUUGCAGCUGCUGCUGUGGGUGUUGCACCACCAGCACUACACGGUUCACCACAGUGGCGCAGUUCGCCCAAGCCACAUUCGUCGCCCAAAAUGAAAUUGAGAUAUAUGAAAAACAUAUUUCCCAAGGCGGACGAGAUGCUGCUGUUGGAUACCUUGGCCAAUGCGGAUAACAAUGUGCAGUACGCCUCGGAGAAGCUCAUAUCCUUGGGUUACAUUAAAAGAGACGUGCAACAACCACACAGACCCAACAAUCGCCCACCACAGCUGGGACAGGAUCAGGAACAAGGGAACGAUCAAGGCGUGCAGCACAUUCCACUGCGUCCCAAGGAGUACACGGCAGAGGAGAAGAAAGACAUGGAAGCCAUGUUCAAGGAAAAGUAUCCCCAGAUUCCAGAGCGCAUUAUUUUGAUGGCUCUCGAAUCGGUCAAUUAUGCAGAGGAUCGUGCCACGCAAAUCUUACAGAUUGUCCAGGACGAGGACGAGCAGCGCAAUAAAAAGCAUGCCACAGCCAGGGGCAUGCAACAAGAGAGCUGCAAGACGCUGGCGGUGGAGCAGGUGGAAGGAUCUGUGCCACAGAGCAAUAAGCCACAUAAGGUACAUCGCCAUUUGCCAUCCAUCAAUGUCACGACACCCACAACGGCCACCACACAGGUUAUCCUUAGUAAUUCACCCCUGGAGGAGCAGCAACAGCAACAACAACGGGAACAACAACAGCAGCAGGAACAGGAGCUAAAAACCACAUCACCAUCAAUUGCAUCAUCACAUUCAUAUGUCUCACCAGCACAGUCACCACAUCUUCCUUGCUAUGAACGUUUGACCACCAAAAGUAUCCUGGCACGUUCAUCCUUCAACAACAACAACAGCAAGUACAACAAUUACAACAACAACAACUACAGCAUCAAUGGCUAUUUGCAUGGCUCGAAUAGCAAUUCCUCCUAUUCCUCCUACACAACAUCAAUGGCGUCCUCAUCUUUGGCAUCCGCCUCGGCCAGCUCCAUAACGAAGGCAAUCGAGUGUCGUUCGCGCGCCAAAACUGAUUCACUGAAACAGCGUCAGCUUUCAGCGCAUUUGGAGAACUCUCACAUUUCGGAAUCCGCCGAAUUUCAGUCGCUUAUCGAACGCAUGGCCACUUUGGGGCCCAAUUCUCAGUUGACCAAAGGCGCCGACGAGAAUCUAUUGCUUGCUGAUUACGUCACUUGGAAUGGCCCGAACACAGCGCUGACCCAGAAACAAUCCCCUCAAGGAGCCGAUGUCAAUUUGUUGGCAGCUGAACGUAGUUAUAAGCCAACUGGACGGAAUGAGAAGCUCUGCAAAGGCGCCAAAAAGGACUUGGCCAAGGGCAGCAUCUAUGCGAAAAUUAAAUGUAAUUAGAAAAUAGGAUAACAAGCGAUGUCCCUGCGAGUGCCAAAACCAUUAAAUUAGAAGCUGCCCUCCAGUAAACCAGACUUAACUUUUACAUGUCGUAACGCAUUUUGCUCCAAGUGUUUCCCAAAACAAACAAAACAAAAAAUACAUAUAUGUACUCGUAUAAUCGCUAAUAUUUAAGUAUACUCUUGCACAUCCACACACAUUCACAUAUUCCAUCCAAUCUCUAAUUAAUUAUUUUGGUGGUCGUAUUAACAACAUUUUUUAUAGACAAACUUUGCAGCUUGAAAUAUAAAUCGAUAUUUAAAACUAA